AUGUCAUCUCACGCUCUAUUUCAAGCGGGGCAAAUUAUCCCCAUGAACUCUCACAUAUCCCCUAAAACCUUAUCGCCAAAAACCGUUCCCAAACUACCCCUGCUUCGCAACCGUCGCCGCUUUUUGGUUAUUCGAUCGUCGUCCGUCUCCCCCGCCGACGUCGAUAGUGAGGCUUCGUCCACCUCGUCGUUUCUUGAGCGAUGUUUUGCCGCACCGUCUGCUCCUCCCGCUUCGGGUAAUGUUAAUCCGGUUAUGAAGGGAAGUAAAUACGGUGCGUUUGGAGCUGUUACGCUUGAGAAAUCGAAAGUUGAAUUCACACAACAGCAAACCAACAAGUCUUCCCCUGAGCUAGCCACUGGGGGAGGUGGUGGAGAUAUUGGAAAGAUAAUCAGUUAUGGUGGUGGUGAUGGAGGUGACGACGAUGGUGACGAUGACGACUACUUUGAUGACUUUGAUGAGGGUGAUGAGGGAGAUGAGGGUGGAUUGUUUAGGAGACGCAUAAUUCUUCAAGAGCUAUUUGAUCGUAAAUUUGUGGAUGCUGUGUUGAGUGAAUGGCAAAGGACUAUUAUGGAUUUGCCCGCUGGAUUUCGGCAAGCUUAUGAAAUGGGCUUGGUUAGCUCAGCCCAAAUGGUGAAGUACUUAGCAAUGAAUGCCAGGCCAACCGCCAAUAGGCUCAUAUCUAGAAAACUACCGCAAGGACUGUCAAGGGCUUUUAUUGGCAGGUUGCUUGCAGAUCCUGCUUUCAUGUAUAGGUUUCUAUUAGAGGAAGUUGCUACUAUAGGCUGCUCUGUGUGGUGGGAGAUUAAAAAUCGGAAAGAUAGGAUAAAGCAAGAGUGGGAUCUCGCACUUAUCAAUGUGCUCACCGCAGCAGCAUGCAAUGCCGUAGUUGUUUGGUCGCUUGCUCCUUGUCGUUCAUAUGGAAACACAUUUCAAUUUGAUUUACAAAAUACAUUGCAGAAGCUUCCAAACAACAUAUUUGAAAUGAGCUAUCCUCUUAGGGAAUUCGACCUACAAAAAAGAAUUCAAGCCUUUUUGUUCAAGGCUGCUGAGUUGUGCAUGGUUGGUUUAGGCACGGGUGCAGUACAGGGUGCAUUGUCAAGCACUUUGGCUAAGAAAAAGGAAGGAAGAUUAUCUGUGACUGUCCCAACUGUGAGCAGUAAUGCACUUGGUUAUGGUGCUUUUCUUGGAAUAUAUGCUAACCUGAGAUAUCAACUACUCUGCGGAUUUGAUAGAGCAAUGGUCAGUCAUUUUGAUGUUAUUGGAGUCGCAUUGUUCUUCAGCACAGCAUUCAGGGUCUUGAACGUUCAAUUAGGAGAGACUUCCAAGCGUGCAUGGCUUGGAGUUGAGGCAGAUCCAUUAGCUCAGUCAGAUGAGCUCUUGAAGGUUUACAACAGGACUUCUGAAAAUGUAGAAAAACCAUCAUCAUCUAAAUGGUUUAUAUCAAAGAAUGCAGUUGUUUCUGGGCUUGGGCUCUUGGGCAUCAAACAAAGUAAUGGGUCUGGUGCAGAAUCAUCAGCUCCUAAAGCUCGUCGAAAAAGGAUUGUGCGGAAGAAGGUUGCUGCAGGAUCUGCUUAG